GUUCGCUCAUCAAUUUGUUGUUGAUGGUAAAGUAUGCGUUGACCGUUUUACGUUGAAAAGAGACUGAAUUUAAUUAACGUCGACGAUUGAGUAAUGUUUUUAUGUCAUCCGUUCAAUAUUUUACAAGUGCACUUCAUCAAUCCACGCGAUCAAUAUUUCGGUUCGUCAUGUUUUCAAAAAUCGUUGGUGCAUUGGCAGGUGGUUGUAGGCAGAUUUUGAACGUUGGUUUUUGUGUAAAAUGGCGUAGCUUCUAACCUAAAGUUUUGUGGUUUUUUAAUCUGACGGUCUUACAAAGAUGACAAGGUUUUAUUUAGUGUUUUGUGUGUUUUAUUUAAGGAAAUCAUGAAAGUUACGGUGUGUUUUGGGCCCGUGCGUGUCGUGGUGCCGUGUGGUGAUGGAGAUUUACUUAUUAAGGACCUUACAAGGCAGGCGAUACAUCGCUACAAAAAGGCUGUUGGCAAGUGCGCAUCCUCAGACGUGGUGGUACACAGUCUGCACUCAGUGGAUGGAGGCAUUUUGGACCCGGAUGACCGGCUGUCAGAUGUGGCCGACGACAGAGAGCAGUUGGUGGCCACAUUUGUGCCCCACCCGCACCAACCCGGAGAUGGCGCCAGCAACAGCUCUAGGGGCACGCCCAGUCCUGACCACAUCAUCUACCAUCAGGUGGAGGGAGAUGGAAAGACGGCUGCAAUUGAAGUGAGAGAGUGUGACCUGCUCGAUCAACCGGCGCAUAUAAGUAGUUUACAAGUGAGGCGAGGCAGUGAACCGGCCUUGAACCAUCUACAGGACAACGCUCCGAACGGACGAGCGGGAAAUUCAAAUUCGAACGCCAAGCGGUGGUCGGCUGCUCCAGUCAUAACUGAGUCCACCAAACUCAAUAACCUUCACAAGGACGACGACCGAUGCGGUCUGACAAACGGACACAACACGGACAAAUGGCGGGACAUGGACGAAGAACUGGAGGAAGAGGAGGAUGAAGAGGAAGAGGAGGAGGAGGAGCUGAUGAACGGAGGAGGAGGUAGGGCGGGCAGAGGAGGCAGCAGGAGGAGGAACGGCUGGUUGAGAGGAGGCGGAGGAGGAGGUGCUCCUUUCGCCCGAGAUGGCAGUAAUCGGCUGUCCAUGCAGUUUCUGGGAGAAUCGCCCACGGGCCUGAGAUGGGCGGAUGCAGCCGACAGGGCGUCCAAGGCGGGGAACUCGCUGUCUCUGCCCAGGGAGGCCUCCCACAGGGAUGCCAGGAUCAGGAAGGAACCUCUGGGACAAGCGAACAGUGCCCCCACUUCAGACCAACAACCUCCUAGUGAACGAUGGGAGCUGAUCUGCCUGUCGACAGAGAGCGGUGCACUGGGCAUCCACGUGGUGCCCGAUGUGGUGGGGGGUGGUGGUGGCCUGGUGGUGCAGGCGGUGGAAGAGGGGGGCAGGGUGGACAGAGAUGGCCGCCUCAAGCGGGGAGACCGCAUCACACAGAUCAACGGACGCUCACUUAUCGACCAGCCGUUCCAUGUAGUCCAGGACAUUUUCAGGGAAUCUCUCCGCUCUUCUGAACUACGUCUGCGUGUUGUCAAACCUGGAGGAGGAGAGAGAGAACGGAUAGAAGGAGGAGGUAGAGAGAGAAUAGAUGGAAGAGGAGGAGAAAGAAUGGAAGGAGGAGGUGGAGGAAGAGAGAGAAUAGAUGGAAGAGGAGGAGAAAGAAUGGAAGGAGGUGGUGGAGGAAGAGAGAGAAUUGAUGGAAGAGGAGGAGAAAGAAUGGAAGGAGGAAGAGAGCGAACAGACGGUAGAGGAGGAGGUGAAGCAGGAGGAAAGAAACAACCCCCGCCACCCGUCUACCCUAAGCCACCGCCUCCUAAUGGUCGAAUGGGAGGAGGAAGUGGUAGAGAAGGAGGAAACAAGGAGAACCAGAUUGGAGAGAAUGGGACGGUGAAAGAGAAGCUGAGUAUGAAAGGAAUGAAGGAGAAUAAUGGAAUACAACAGGUUCGGAAGCAGCCGGUUGUGGGAAUGGUUGGUGCUCUGCAGACGGGCAACACAAGGCGGAUAGGGCGCAAAAUCGAGGUGCAGUUGGUGAAAGGAGUGCACGGACUCGGAUUUAGUAUUACGACACGGGAUAACCCGGCUGGAGGCAACUGUCCUAUCUACAUCAAGAAUAUACUGCCCAAGGGUGCGGCGGUUGAAGACGGACGUCUGCGGCCGGGCGACCGUCUGCUGGCGGUCGACGGCUGUCAGCUGACCGGGAAGACACAGGCUGAAGCCGUCGCUUUGCUGAGACAGGUGCCAGCCAAUGCCACUUGCCUUAUCACAGUGUCCAGGCACGACCCCAACGAGAAGGAUACCACUAACACCAACAGUAGUAGUAUGGAGGUCGGUCAAAAUCCGAGCAAACAUCAGCAGAGACCAGUUGAGGUCAAGUCAAACAAAUCUGCCAAUCACUCAAAUCAGGAUUCGAAUAGCAGCGGUGGUUCAGUUCAUAGUAAACGAGUCAAUGAUAGUAAAAAUAGUAGCAGUCACUCCUCCAAUCAGGAUGACUCGACCAACGACUCUCAUUCUAACCUGUGGAAGCAGAAGGAGAUAGUGACGCUGUACAUCCCAGUUCAUGACACGGAGAAGGCCGGCCUGGGAGUCAGUGUCAAGGGCAAGACUAGUGGUGGAGGGGGUAACUCUUCCCCCACCACCGAUCUCGGAAUAUUCAUCAAGAAUGUGUUGCAUGGAGGCGCUGCUUCCAGGGACGGUCGACUCAGAACCAAUGACCAGUUGCUGAGCGUCAACGGAAUCACACUGUCUGGAUUGUCCAAUCAGGCUGCGAUGGAGACUCUUCGUAGGGCGAUGCUUAGGACAGAGGGCCCCGUGGAAGGGAGUAUAGUGCUUACAGUUGCCAGGCGAAUACAGGGUGCCGGCUCAAAGGACACACCCCGCCGGGGCUCGGUCUCCUCACUUCUCACUGACUCAUCAGCCAACACGGAGACGUUUGGAAGCAGUAAUGGAAAUAAUGGAGGAGUUGAUGUGCAGAAUAAUUCGGGAAACAGUGAAGCAUCUGACAGCACUGUCAUAUGUCUGCCCACCUCCACACAGCACUCCUCUAAUAGCAACUCCACCCAACGGUCGAAUAAUGAUGGAGUUGUGAUGCGUAAUGCUGUAUUGGAGAGGCUAACAGGGCAGACGUCUCUACCUCCAGGCAUGGGCGGGCUACAUAACGAGAGUUACUAUAGGGCUACCCACCAGACGACCCUGCUAAGUUUGGGCUCCAACCCGGAGACAGGAGGAAAGCUGACAAGCCCCACUGUGAAUCAGCCUGCCAGGGAGACUCUCAUUAUAGAAGAUGACUCUUCCUUUUUGCCCAGUGGAGACACAAGUCUAGGUGCCAUCCGACCCCUAGCAGCAAUGAAACCUAGCCGCACCGACUCGACGAGCACGUCGUCGCAGGCGGACGCCACCUAUGCCAGUCAACUGUCGCUGGACAGUGGCAUGCAAGUGGGCGCAGGCGCAGGUGCCAGUGCGACUGGAUUUAGCCGCGAUGCGUUCGGCAGACAGAGCAUGUCGGAGAAGCGGCAUGCCACGCUCGACGCUAAGAAUACCGACACUUAUAGGCGGACUAAGCGGGCAAGGGAGUUGAGACAAGCUGAGGGUGAAGACAUGGAUAGAAGUCAGCUGGGACCCUCCCUUGGUAUGAAGAAGUCAUCCAGUCUUGAAUCAUUGCAAACCAUGGUGCAAGAGAUGCAGAUGUACGAAGACAUAGACCGUGUGUACCCGCCUGCUUUGGUGCCCCCUGUUGGGGGCGUAAUUAGGGGCGGCCGGGGGUGUAACGAGAGCUUCAGAGCGGCGGUGGAUCGCAGCUAUGAGGCACCGGUAGGGGGCCCCGAUCUGGGGGGUGUCGGAGGUCACCUAAAUAGACGGCAGACCUCGCUCGAUAGCAAACUCAAGGCUAAGAAACGGCAGAGUCUGCUCAGGGGGUUGGGAUCCAUGUUCAGGUUUGGAAAACACCGUAAGGCGGGCGAUGAUGGUGAAGAAGAGAAUGAAGAGGGGAGAGGAGGAACAGAAGGAGAAGGAGGAAUAGGAGGAGGAGGAGUGGAAGAAGUAGAGUAUGAUGAGCAUCAACAGCAGGUGAUACAAGAACAGCUGAGAAGGUUGAUGGUUGCUGCAGCUAGUACACAGCCGAGCCGUGAAGCAGGCGUCGAUAUAGGAGGCAGCGGACGCGGCGGAAACCCCUCCAUGAUGACUUCAUCAUCUUCACUUCAGCAUCCCAGCAGUGACGUCACAAGGGGGAAUGCCAUGAUGACGUCAUCAGGAGGCCAACUACCCCAACCCAGUAGUGAAUAUGCCGGUUCUGCGACAGCUAGUAGUGAACACACGGGUUCUAGGACAUUGGGUAGUGAGUUCAUGGGUUCUAGAACAUCGGGUAGUGAGUUGUCGGGCUCUAGGACAUAUGGUAACGAGUUGACGGGCUCUAGAACAAGUAGUAAUGACAUGGGAGGUUCUAGGACAACGGGUAGUGAUAUAGUUGGCUCUAGGACUUAUGGUAACGAGUUGACGGGUUCUAGAACAUAUGGUAACGAGUUGACGGGUUCUAGAACAAGUGGUAAUGAGAUGUCGGGCUCUAGAACAUUGGGUAACGAGUUGACGGGUUCUAGGACUACGGGUAGUGAUAUGGGAGGUUCUAGGACAUCGGGCAAUGACGUCACAGGUAGUAAUGACGUCACUCGUACCGAACGAAUUCAACAGCUGCGCGCGCAUCAUCAGCUACGUCAUCAGGAGAGGCGUGGUCAUUAUCCUUUGGACGACACUGAGGAGAGAUAUGAGAUGGCUUUAAGACAGCGUCUGGAACAGCAGCAGGACUCAGCCAUUAAUAGACCCGGCAGCCGGGUGGCGAUUACAGACCCGGCAAGGUUCUCCCACUAUGUUAACUAUCAGCAGAUACAACACCAUCUUAAUCGACGCCAACAACACUACCACUCUCAGCGCCGCGAAGCGACGUCGAGCCGGUCCGGCGGUGGGAUGGGUGACCACCCGGGCAACUCAGCCCACCCCGUCCCGUGUCCAACUUCUACGAGUACGAGAGCGUCGAGUCGCACCUUCUGAACAAUGGCGGCACUAAUUCCAAUUCGUUGCCGCGACGCCCGAUUGGUGGCGCUAGCAACAGCACAACGGCAGCGCAGUCUGGUGGCGUCUUCCGAAACUAUCAACGCCACGACAACUAUGCUGCUGUUCCGGGAAUGGUUGCUGCAGCCCAUCAGUUCAGGCCUCAACAACAUCACCAACAACAGGGUAACAACAACUUAAACAACAACAACAAUCUAAAUGUUAAUAAUUACAGUAAUAAUAAUAAUAACAAUAAUUCCAGA